AAAAGGUCUGUUCUGCAUAUGAUUAUUUGUUUGUUUUGACUUAGCAUUGCCGUUAACAAUAGUGCUGGUAGCCUGGGAAGUGCAUGUAGGUCACAGCAUUCACACUUCGGAGAAAUCAUUGAAGUUUUUAUUAUUUGACGUACAUGAAGUUAGCGCAAGAGGAACCCUCAUAUUUCUCCUAUUUACCUGUAGCAGUCAAGGAUCCUUAACAGAGUAUUAGAAUUCUGGUGCAAAUAUUAUUCCACCGACAUUUCUUGUCAUUUUGUAGUGAGCUGUGGUCUCAGCUAGACAGAAAUUUGAUGAGUUGACCCUCAACAUUUCUGACCAGAAUGCAGAGUUCUUCCUCUUUUUUUCUUGGAUUACACCUAAAAUGAUAAUUAAUCAACAUUCCUCCAUUGGACAUUUCCGGAAGGUUUUAGCGUGAAACGUUGGCUCAAGAAAGAUUGAUUUGUCCAUUGCUUUGAUUCAUUGAUGUAUCAAAAGUAAAAUCUUGUGAUUAUCGUUUUAAGACCUGGUAUCGAUCACUUGAUUGAGUUCUAAUUACUCUAAUGGAAGCGACGGAAUCCCCUAUCUGAGUUGAAGCCGCAGACAAGAGCGUUUACAACCUUUCUAUUUCCUCUUUCGCAACGAGAUUGGUUUCUUCUCAUUUAGACAGACUGGUAGGAAUCCCAAGGAGUGAGUGAGCGUAUGGUGAUUAUUACAUGCCGAGACUUUGGAGGAACUAAACUGAAAGUGUUGAUUGGGUACCGGUAGGGAUUUUAGGGGGAGUUACACAGUAAGCGCAAGGGAUGGUGAAAGAGUAGCCUACCGACUGAAUGGUGAUAGUCAAGUUCUUCCAGACGAGAGUCCGAGACCCUCAUGGGUACAUGCAUCAUUCCUCGGAGAGGUGGGAUAUCUUUUGACCGUGCGGAUAAGACAGCUCUUUAUGUUCGAAUGCUUGGUGAUGUGAUAGUUCACGGCAAACUGGUGACAACGGAACCUAUACCGUUUCCCCGGGUCCCCGAAAAUGUAUAUAAGGCACCAGAGAUUUUGCCCUGCAACAAGAUUCGGCGGACCAGCCUACAGACGCCCACGGUGGCGGCCAUUGAACCCUCCCCGCCAUCAACGUCAGCUUCGCAGGCGAAGCAGGCGAAGAAUGAUGACGGUAGCGACGACCAGGCGAAGUUGUCUACCGUCCAACAGCGCACACACCCUACAGUACUCCUCGAUGCUGCCUAUCACGGAAAUGCACAUCACAUGCUUCAGAAGAUCGGGCACUGGGACUUCAAUAUUUUCAAGUUUGAUGAAAUGUCCAAAGGCCACUCAUUAAAGAUGGUUCUCUUUCAUUUGUUUGAGCAAUACGGCCUGACCAGACACUUCAAGCUGGACGGCUGUAAGCUCAUGAAGAGUUUUGAAUUGAUUGAGGAAGCAUACUACAAUAAAAGCAAGAACCCGUACCACAAUUCUAUGCAUGCAGCAGAUGUUUGCCAAGCUAUGCACUGCUAUCUACAGGAAGAGAAGUUGCGAGAAGCCUUGAAACCAAUAGAGAUCAUGGGGGCGCUGUUAGGGUCAGCCAUGCAUGACCUAGAUCAUCCUGGCGUAAAUCAGAAGUACCUCAUCAACUCCAAACACCAUCUCGCUGAGCUCUACCAGAAUUCCUCAAUUCUUGAGAACCAUCACUGGCGGGUGGGCAUCUCAGUUCUCACAGAAACAGGCCUUCUAGACCAUCUACCCCCUGAACAAUGGAAAAUGUUUGUGGAUCAUAUACGAUCGCUUAUCCUGGCGACUGAUAUUGCCAGGCAACAAGAGUUCCUUUCUGAAUUUCAGAAUAUACUAGAAAGGAGUGACCUGAAUCUUAAGAGUCAUGAAACUAGGAAAUUUAUCUUACAAAUUGCUCUGAAGUGUGCUGAUAUCUGUAACCCCUGCCGACCAUGGCAGAUCACUGAGAAGUGGGGCAAUGUGGUGUCCGAAGAGUUCUUCAGACAAGGUGACAGAGAAAAGGCUGAUGACCUGCCAAUCUCCAUGAACUGCAAUCGACACACAACAACAAUUCCACAGAUACAAUGCGGGUUCAUAGGCUUUGUGGUUGAGCCUCUGUUCAAGAAUUGGGCUCGCUUCAUGCCCUCGGCCCUCUCCCAGUCAAUGCUUCAUAACAUGAGGGAGAACAAGAAGGUUUGGACGGGAAAGAGAGAGAAAGAGCAGGCAGCUAGCUCAGCCCAAGCCACAGCCCAAGUCCCAGCCCAAGCCACAGCCAAACCAAACAGUGCAAUUCAAAGUUCCUUGAGUGAGACGAAGAACUGUCAAGCAGAAGAGAAGGUAACGGAAAGCUCGGUGAAGAGCGCAGAUCUUAGAGAACCUGAGCCCAAGACCUUGAAGCUCAGUCCGGCAGCAGAGGAGAAAGUAACAAGUAAAGCAAUGGAGAGUGGGAAUGUAUCACUCACUGGGAAACACAAACAUAGUGCAAUGCGGGAACCUCGUCACAUGGUCCAGGUGCAUGCGCAUCAGGGACAAGAACGCCCUCACUCUGCAGUGCUUUCACCACCAACGCAUCGUGCUCUGAACGUGCACAGAGCGGUCGAUGUGACGCUAUCAGACUCAAACACAAUGGGUGUUCAUUCUCACAGCGCAGACAAUCUACGUAGUGCCAGCUCGACCACCGCUGUCUCGAUGCAUUCAGCGUUGGAGGCGAAGCAGAGAGACAUUAGGUCACCUAAGGUCAACAAGCGUGUCAAAAGUGCAACGGAGAACAUGCUGCAACCUUUUAGUUUACGACUGUCACGCUCUCCGAACACGUUAAGAAAGGAGCUACACUUUGAAGACCCAUGGAAAAAGAUUGAAAAGUCACCAAAAAGCCCCGUACAAAGCCCGCCACCGUGCAUCGAAUCGCCUUUACUCCAACGUGCCAGUCACCCCCUCAAAAUUAGCCACACAUCGCCGGGAUUAUCGGACAGUAGUGUACGCAAUGUGGACACUCAUGGCAAUAACGCAAUAACAAAGCCAGGACACGGCUUCAACAACAACCUGGAUUUCUCUAUGCCUGUGGAUGUGAGAUCCACAUCGCUUCAUCAUAACAUGUCGCACAACAAGCAGCACGACGGCUCUGAGCCUCUAUACUGGCAGGAGAGAGGUCUGCUCAUGUACUCUGAACAGAAUAGCGUUCCUCAAGGCAACUCCAAGCACUUUAUGAAAGCUGCUACGUCGCCCUCUAGCUCGCACCGCCACACCACCAGCAGCAGCAGCAUGUUAGAACAUAGAACUAAAGCCACACCCUCAAGUCUCUUGGUGAGACCUACGGAAGGGAGAGGGGCUUCCCCCUCGCUGACCCCUUCCACUUCACAGCAUGCUAGGAUAGAAGGGUAUUCAUCAUCUCUCUUGGUACCUAGUGAUUCAUCAGGGAAGGAUAGACCGAGGGAGAAAGGAUCACCAUUCAUCAGGAAACGCAUUGUGGAGAAUAAAAGAAAGAAAGACUUGCAAGUGCCAGUAAUCAGUUCUGGGAGUCUAUCACCACGGGUGCCGCCGAGAGGCAUGCUGAACAUCUACGCUCCUACAUCACCUCCCGCGGACCACACCCCUACGUCCCCAUCGGCCUACUCCGUACCCUCCGCCCUGAGCCCCCUACUCCAGGACUUCACCAGUAAUCAACUAGCCUCCAUCGCCCGCCGCAGGCAACACAUGCAGGAGGGGGACCAACCCUCCCCCUCCUCCUCCACCGCCUCCAUGGGCAUCGCCCCUCUUGGGGACCGGAGUCCACGGCUGCAGCGCCACAGGGGGGAGCCCAAGUCGGGUCAGAGCACUAGCAGCACCCAUGACAGUACCGACCUCUCCAGGUGAUCGCUGAUGAUUGGUAGAGAGCGCCGACACCCCCCCCCCCCCCCCCCCACUCUUCAUUUAUUUUA